AUGGAUGACGACUUCGGCUUCGACUCGGCCGAUGAAGCCGAUCUGCUCGCUGUAGUGGACGCUGCUCCCUCUGCAGCCAAGCGACCUAAUGAGGAUACGGAUCAAAGUGAAGAACCAGGACCGAAACGACAGAGAGGUUCCUCCGAUCACUCGGUUCUGGCCCGCAGAGUCUUGCGAGAACGAUUCGGCCUGGAAAGCUUUCGUCUGGAGCAGGAAGCAGCAAUCAAUCGCAUCAUCAGUGGCGACAGCGCUGUUGUAGUAUUUCCUACUGGCGGAGGAAAGAGUUUGUGCUAUCAGGUCCCCGCCGUGGCUAUAAAGGAGCUCGACAAGGAAACAGGAUCGCGCAGCCCAGAAGAAAGUGGUGUCACGGUCGUCAUUUCUCCCCUCAUAGCACUGAUGAAGGACCAAGUUGAUGCCCUCAGACGCCGAGGCAUCGCUGCAGCCGUUCUGGAUUCGACGCAAAGUCGCGAAGAGUUCGUCGAUGUUCACAGCAAGCUGGCGUGCGGCAAACUCGAUCUCCUAUACUGCGCACCAGAGCGGCUCAACAACGAGGGCUUUCUUGCAAGUAUGUCUCAAAUUUGGGGACACUCCUUCCGCCCAGACUACCUCAAAAUCGCUCGUUUUGCGAAGGAAGCCAACGUGGACAGAGUCAUCUGUCUCACAGCGACCGCGACAGCAGCCGUUGCGAAAGACAUUCGAACUACUUUCGACAUCCCGCCCGAGGGUCUUUUCGUGACAAGCAUGUACCGACCAAAUCUCCGAUUAUUGGUCGAGCCUAUCACUACAGAUGACGACCAAGUCGAGAUAUGCACUAAAUUCUUGAAGAAACACCCCGGCCCAUCAAUUAUAUACGUCACAACCCAUGCGGCUGCAGAAACUCUAGCCAAUGAACUGUCUAAAAAGAAGUUCAAUGCUCGCGCAUAUCAUGGAGGACUAAACGCAGACGUACGGGGCGGAAUACAAGACACGUUUCUCAAGAGUCAAAACAUGAUCAUUGUUGGCACAAUUGCAUUUGGCAUGGGUAUCGACAAGGAGAACGUGCGGACCAUCAUCCAUUUCGAUCUUCCAGGCAGCCUUGAAGCCUAUAGCCAACAGAUUGGGAGGGCUGGACGAGACGGCAAGCCAAGCACGUGCAUGCUCUAUCUUUCGGACAAAGAUUUCUUUGUCAGAAACGUCUUCAUCCAUGGCGAACGACCAUCCAUGCUGGCUCUACGCGCACUGUUUGAGGAGAUCUGCAGCAAGGAGAACUGUCAGCUGAAGCCCGGAGACCCCUUCUCCGUGGCUAUCACGUCGCAAUCACGGCGGAUAGACAUUAGGGAGACCCAACUUUCUAUCAUCUACGCCUACCUAGAAUUGAAGUUCGGCCUUCUCCGGGCUAGCACUCCUCAGUACUCCGAAUACAAAUAUCAGGUGCUGCAGCAUCGUGCUCUUGAGAUCGACGGCUCACCAGCAUCGAAGUACAUCUUAUCCCACUCCAGAAAAGCGCAAACCUGGACAAAUAUCGAUGUUGACGUUCCUGUUGGGAACGGCGGAGUAAGUCGCGCUGAUGUUACGCGGAAAUUAGACUCGUGGGCCGAGUCUGGCAUCAUCAAGCUCAGCAAGACCGGUGUCCAAAAGGUCUUCCGCGUCAGCAAGAAACUCCCAAGUCAGCAGGCCGAUAUUGACGAAAUCAUCGACAACAUAGACCAGGAAAUUGUGAAGAAGGAGAAGCAGGAUUUGCAGCGCGUUCAAGACCUGGUCAACCUGCUGACAGGCAAAAGCUGCCUUACUCGUGGGCUUGCAACUUACUUUGCCGAUACGACUCACUCUUCAGUCAAGGAAUGUGGCCACUGCACAUGGUGCGAAACACAUCAGCAGGUCAGGUUACCGGGAUUUACCCCCAAACCUUUAGAUGAAAAGGCCAUGAGAAGGGUGUUGGCCGUAUGCAAAGAAGCAUGUCAACAAGAGGCGAGUAAGGCCAAAGGUGGUAAACCGAAGACCACAGCACUCCAGACUAGGCAGGCUCUGGCCAACAGCACAGCCAAAGACGAUGCCCGAUUCAUGGCCUGCGUGGCUUUCGGUAUCCGGACACCCCGCGUCAGUAGCAUGAGCCUGCACAACAACAAGGCCGUGUUUGAGACAAUGAGCACCUGCAACUUCAACGAUCUCGUUCAGAAAUUCGAAGACAUGAUAAAAUGA